GAGACUGGGUCGCGCGCUACAAAACAAUGACUGAAACUGCAGAGAUUUAACGGGGGAAGAACUUAUAAACAGGCCACGGUCAUCAUGAGCCAGGCAGAACGGCGGAGCUCUUCGCCGUCACAUGAUGACCAACAAGAGUCUAGUGAGAGGGCCACGCCCAUUUCUGCUCUCGCUCCAGAGGUUGAUUUACAUCAAGAACAACCUGCUGUCCUGUCAUCAAAUCCAGCCUUGCAGUGCUUGGAACAGCUGUUCUCCACUGGAAAGGUCAACGGGGAAAAAGUGGCUCGUCUUAAAGCCAGUUUCAACCUCUUAAAUGAAACUCUCAGAAGUUCUCAGGAAUCUGAAAUGAAUCUGAUCCUGGAGGCGAAGACCUUGCGCAUGACAUUAGAGCAGCAAAAACAGGAGCUGGAGAACGCUGAACUUUUUCCUGAGGGACCGGAUACAGAGGUCAGCAGACUCAAGCAGACACUCCUGCAGUACUACAACCAACUGAAGGAGGACGAAGAAAGAGAUUAUCAGUUGCAGUUUCAGUUUGAGUGUCUUAAAGAGGAAAAGCUCUGUCUUGAGAAAGAAUACCAGGAUCAACCUAAACAGGCUGAGCUAGAAAGUAGGUACACGACCCUGAAGAACAGUUGUGAGGAGGUGAGGAAAGAGGUUCUUAAGCUUAGACAGGAAGUGAGGACUCUGACUGAGAGCAUGGAGACUCAACAGAAACAUAUAAAGAUAGAACAACUUGAGCUGGAGGUUUUAAAAGAUCGUGUUGAGACCAAUGAGGCUGAGCUGGCUCAGGUGCUCCUCCUACCUGUUCAACUGAGAAAAGAGGUCGACAGGGUUGCCCACAAGAAAUCGGAGCUGGAGAAGCAGGUUGCAAAGAUAGAGCAACAUCGUAUGGAUAAUGUGGAGCAUCAGAAGAGUUUGGAGGCAAAAUGUGAGGAGGUGAAGGAGGCCACAAAGGAGGUGGUACGAGAACAGGAAGGCCACAAGGCUCAACUGGUGACUGCAGAGAACAAACAAGAUAGACUUCUCACAGAUCUGCAGAUGGCUAAAGCAAAAGAGGCAGCAUUCAUGGACCAAAGGGGUCUGUUGGAAAUUAGCAUGGAGCAGAUUGUUGCUGAGUUCAUGUCUCUGCGCGAUAAACUGGCCCGAGAUACAAGGCUGAAAGACAAGCUUAUGUUAGCCCUGAAGAGAAAUGAACUGCAGCUGAAACAGGCCAGAGACGCUCUCAUUAACACUCAACAACUGCACGAGAGGAUCCAGGCUCAGGUGAAAAACACAUCUAAAGCUGACAUCUUGCUGGAGAGAAGAAAAGAUCUGGAAAAGGAAGUAGAAAACUUAAAACGCAGUUUGAUUAGCGAGCAGUCUAUGGCAGGGAUGAAGGUCCAGCUGGUUCAAGAGUAUGUUGAGAAGGAACAGGCUUUGAUUAGAGAGUCUUAUCGCCGCAGAGAUGAGCUUCAUCACCUUCAUCAUCUCAUACUUAUCAAAACAGACGAAAGAGAGCAGAAGAGCCGUGAGCUACUGAAAGCACAGCUGAAAUAUAAGCAAGCCAAGCAAGAACUGCAAGGAAAAGGACUGGUUAUACAAGAACACAUUAAACAGACUAAAGAGACGCAGUCAAGGCUGGGUGUGUUUGCUAAGCUGUAUGAAGUCACCAAGUCUGAGCGAAACAAAUACCUCAGUCUAAUUCAAAUCUCAGACCAAAACCUGGCAUUGGUGCAGGAGAAGCUGGCUAAACUGGAAGAAAACCUCAAGACACUGCAGUCCACUGCUAUCAGCAAAGACAAGUUACUGCAGAGGUCUCGUCUGCAACACUCUCACAGCUACAAGCUAAGAGACAAUCUAAAGAAGGAGGUCUCACGAACAUUACAGGCUUUGCAGGAGAUGCAACAGAAUCGAGAGGAGCAAAAACUAAAACUCAGGAAGCUCACAGACACCGUGAACAUGCUAGAGCAAAAAAAGCUACAUAUCCGCAAGUGCUAUGAGGCCGAACUGCAAAAGCGCAAUCAGGCGUCUGUGCAGCUUGCAGAAAGAGAUAAGGAAUGGCGUAUUUACAGUGAGAAGCUCAAUAGACUGGUGAAAAUGUCUGAAAAGAGCAACUUGGAGAUGUAUGACAUAGAAGAUGAAAUCAGAAACUUGAAAAUGGAACAGAAAGAAGAAGAAAGACAGAAUGAUCUGCACAAAAAACAGUUGUCAAACAAACUAGCCCUGGAAGAGGAGUGUGUCUUAUUACAGAUACAGAUGUCUGAGAUGAAUGACAGAAUGUCUGAGCUGGAAGAGGCUUGUGUGGAAGAUAACAGAGCAAGACACCUGAGCGGAGAAGAUCUAUCUCCUGAGGAGCUCAUUGAGAAGAUUGAACAGUUGGAGAUACACCUGGCAGAUAAAGAGGCUCAGCUCUUGGAAAUGGAGCUUGUGUGUGAGCAGGUUGGACGCCUUUCCAAGCGCAUCCAAAUCAAAGCUGACAACAGUAACGAAGACACACUCCAUCUGGCCAAGAAAGUGAAUGAACUGCAGGCUCAGAUCAGAAAGCGCAGCCGUAAAAUGAUGGCGGUGGUAGCAGAGCUGUCCAUGCGGAAAGCCGAGUGUAUGGGCCUGCAGCAGGAGAUGAAGGAAAAGGAACUGCAGCUGGACUUGUGUCAGAAGCGUGUGGAGCAAGGUUUGCCCCCGUCAGAUAGCAUUGAGAACGAGUGGCUGCGUCACCUUCAAGAUCAGCACAGACGCCAGGAAGAUGCUGAGAGAAAAGCUAUGCUGGCAGAGGAAGACGAGUGGAACCAGCUUCCAAAUGGUGUUUACACCACGGCUGAGCUUCGACCCAAUGCUUACAUCCCCAUUGACGAUCCUUUGCCAGUACCCAAACACUACGGAGCCCUCACCCCCUUUAAACCCACUGAACCCGGUGCCAACAUUCGCCACAUUCGCAAACCAAAAAUCAAGCCUAUCGAGAUCUAGAGUGAGUCUCACCUGCAAACUGGUGAUGCAUACAGAUAUAGAAAUAAAAGUCCUGAUGUGCUCCCAGUUUUGAAGAAUCUGGUCCAUUUCCUUAGAUCUAAUGAUGCUAUUGUAAGACUUGACUGUCAUAUGGGUCUUAUUUCUACACUUAGCAGCCAAGUGAAGCUCCUGGUGGUGGCAUGAUGGGAAUUCACAGAAAUUCUUUAGAGACCUGCCAGAGCUGAAGGUCGGGAGAGGAGUUAGACAUGAUGCUAUGCCCUGUGGAGCCAUGCACAGCUGAAACCAUUUAAGCAGAAAUCAUUUACAGCAUUUUAGAAUUGCAUUUAGAGUAGUAUUGUCUCUAAUAGGGGUCAAGGAGAUUGCCUUAUCUAAUACUUGCGUGGUUUAUCUUUUGCCAGUUAUUUUAAAUGGGUUUUAUACUUUGGCAUUUCAUCAACCUUUGACAUAGGAGUAGCUAAAGCUUGAUAGAGGAUUUCAUUAGUAGUUUCGUUUUCAUACAGCUCAAAGGGCUUUACAGAAAAGUAACCAAUAACCUUAUAAACACAGCUGCAAAAUGAAUAUCAUGCCUUACAGGCUUAACAGCAUUAUCGCAAACAUACAGCAGGAGUAAACUAAAGUAACCAUUCAGGAAAUUGCUAUCAACAAAAAGCAUACAAAAGAACAUAUGAUCUUUUAUUUUGUAUUCAAAAAAUAUUUACAAAUGUACCCAACUGACCCCAUACAACAUCUGGAGAGAAAAAAAUCCCUUUUUUGUUGGUGCUCUUCCAUCGCAUCUGGGUG